ACAGAAGCCCUAGCCGCAGGAGGAAAGAGGUUUGAUCGAUCGGCGAAAAUGGCGACGGGGCAGAAGAAGAACAGGAAGAAGAGAGGACACGUCAGCGCCGGACACGGACGUAUCGGGAAGCACCGAAAGCAUCCGGGAGGUCGAGGUAACGCGGGAGGUAUGCACCACCACAGGAUCCUCUUCGACAAGUACCAUCCCGGUUACUUCGGUAAAGUCGGUAUGCGAUACUUCCACAAGCUUCGCAACAAGUUCCAUUGCCCGAUCGUCAACCUCGACAGGCUGUGGUCGUUGGUCCCUGAGGAGUUGAAGGCGAAGGCGGGGAAGGAUAAGGUGCCGAUGAUCGAUGUGACGCAGCAUGGGUUCUUUAAGGUGUUGGGGAAAGGUCAUUUGCCUGAGGGGAAGCCUUUUGUUGUGAAGGCGAAGUUGAUCUCGAAGACUGCUGAGAAGAAGAUCAAGGAAGCUGGUGGUGCCGUUGUGCUUACCGCUUAGGUUUUGUCGCAAAUUUUAUCUUGCUUUAUGUUUUUGAGUCUUUGCUUAAACUUGUUAUGUUUUGGAUCUUGGAACAUGGUUGUUAUGACAAUUGAGUUUCUGGAAUUUUUGCCUUACCAUUUUCGCUUGUUUUAUUUUGCUGUCAUGAUUGAUUUGAAUUUCUUCAUCGUCAUGAAAUUAUUAAGUGGUGUGAUCAUGUGCAUGUUUAGAACAUGUUGGGAUUGAUAUUUGCAUUCAUAGUGCAAUUAUCUUGUCGAUGGUUAUUUAAUCGCUUCGAGAAA